GGAGCCCGGCUCCGGGUGUCUGGGACUCCUGGGAGGCGCAGGUGCGGCGCGGGCCGUUCCAUGAGCCGGUCAGACGCAGAGGCUAGGCCGCGACGCCGGAGACAGGGGCCGUGAGGAUGGCGCACCUGCUGGGCAGCCAGGCCUGCAUGGACAGCCUGCGUAAGGACCUCACCGACCUGCAGGGCGCCAUCGUGGACGUGUUCUCCCGCGCCGGGCCGGUGCGCUUCCCCUCCUGGAAGUUCCCUGACCGUGUGGCCUGUGACCUCGACAUGGUGGCCCUGCUGGAGCACUAUGACCACGUGCCGAGUGACCCUGAGUUUACGCAGCUGUCCCACGCUGUGCUGCUGGAGCUGGUCAUCGACAGGCUUCUGCUGCUGCUUCAGAGCUGCGCGAGUUACCUGGAGAGCCUGGGCUCGGAGCAGGUGGUACCUCCCACGCGGGCUGCAGGGCCCUGCAUGUCCGUGGGGCUCACGGCCCGGCGUUUCUGGAGCAGCCUGCUGAGGCUGGGCGCCCUCUGCCAGCAGACAGCCUCCCAGAAAAGGGCAAAUCAAGGGGAGGCCCCGACUUCCAAGCCCACAGCCAAGGGCGAGCCGGCCCGGAGCCCCGAAUAUAUGACUGCCAAGUUCAGCAAGCCCCCCUCCCCAAGGCCAGGCUUAACCCCCACCUGCCAAGAGCCGGAGACCCUGUCCAGGAGCGCCUCCCUGCGGCGUCCAGCCGGAACCUCCGAGAACACCAAGAGCGUCCACUCCCAGACCAUCGAGACGGCCCUGGUGCCCUGUGACGCGUGCACCAGCGUCCAGGGCAGCCUGCAGGAGGUGGGCAAGGUGGUCAUCAGCCUGUGUCACAGCCAGAACUUGCCCUCGUCCUUAGGCCACUUCCAGCAGCUGGUGCAGGACAGCAUGGGGCUAAGGCCGCUGCCGGCCGCCACCAUGGGCCACUGGGCCGCGGAGCAGAGCAAAGACCUGGCACGCAUCAAUAAGCACGUGGGAGCCCUCACUCAACUUGUCGGCCCGCUCCGGGCCCAGCUGGAGGAGGCCGAGGGGCAGAAGGACAGACUGGGGACGCGAGUGGCCGAGCUGGAGCAGGCGCUGCAGCAGGAGCAAGAGCGGGGGCGGCAGCAGGCGGGGGAGGCCGAGCAGCGCCUGGCCGCCUGGGAGCACACCAGGCAGCAACUCCUCGCAGAGACAAGUGACCUAAAGAUGAAGGUGGCCGCCCUGGAGGGAGAGCUAAAACAGCAGCGGGAGUCCACGCAGGCCGUGGAGGCAAAGGCCCAGCAGCUGCUAGAGGAGGGCGAACGCAGGGCUGCGGCCGAGAGGCAGGUGCAGCGGCUGGAGGAGCAGGUGCAGCUGCUGGCGGCGCGGCUGGACGGGGCCAGUCAGCAGAUCCACUGGGCCAGCACAGAGCUGGACAAGGAGAAGGCGCGCGUCGACAGCAUGGUCCGCCACCAGGAGUCCCUGCAGGCCAAACAGCGAGCCCUACUACAGCAGCUGGACAGCCUGGACCAGGAGCGCGAGAUGCUGCGGGGCAGCCUGGAUGAGGCCGAGGUGCAGCGGGCCCAGGCCGAGGAGCAACUGCAAAGCCUGCAGAGUGACAGGGAGCAGGGCCAGUGCCAGCUCCAGGCCCAGCAGGAGCUGCUGCAGAGCCUGCAGCGGGAGAAGCAGGAGCUAGAGCAGACGGCCACGGACCUGCGGCUGACCAUCUCGGAGCUGGAGCAGGAGCUGGCGGCGCUGAAGGAGAGGGAGCAGCUGCUGGUGGCCUUUCCGGACCUGCACGGACCCAUGGAGUCCCAGAUCCAAAGCUCCGGCAACGUCACCGAGGACAUGGAGAGACAGGUGCAAGCCAACAGCGUCCGCGUCCGGGUCCUGCAGGAGGAAAACGAGCGGCUGCAGUCGAUGCUGUCCAGAAUCCACGAGGUGGCCCAGCAGGGGGGCCUCAAGCUGAUCCCACAGGACCAGCUCCGGUCCCCUCCCAGCAAGGGCUCCCAGCCCCCAAGAGCCUCCCCGGGGCCCCUGGGCAGGCGGCACUUCCCUGGCAGAACAGGCAGUGCAGGCAGGCCCCUGCCAGACCCGGCCCGAGCAUCCCCACCGCAGCAGCCCAGCAAGUCCUCCCUGGAGGAGGGGACCCACUCGGCCACCUGCGCCCAGAACCCCAUCCGGGCCUUGGCCAGGCUGAGGAGGAGACUCUCACCGGGCCAGAGCCAGGCCAGCUCUGCUCACCAGGCCCAGGAGCGGCCCACGUAGCCUGCAACAGGGGUGGGGCUGGAGGACAGGUGGCUGGUAACCCCUGCGAUAAUAAA